ACUUUUUAGGCUGUUUUAAUAUUUAACUGAGAGUCUGUAGCUGUGAAAGAAAAGCACACGAUAAAGAUGUAAUAGAAAGAAAAAAAAGAGAGAAUUAAAGAGAAGCUGAAGACUGAAUAAACAACAUUCCGAGGAAGUUAAUUGUUUUGCAACAAAAGAUUCUGUUUCUAUAGGUGACACUUUAUGAUGAACUUUAUUUGGGAAUAACAACAAAGUAAAAAAAGACGCAGCACUUCAACUUUAUGGGAAUUUAAUUUGGUUGUGGUGUUAUGGAGAGAAACAAACUUUCACCAAGAAAACUGGAAUUGCAUGAUGUAAAUGGAGCUUAUAUACAGAAAGAACUGUCCUACUGAUGCAGAACUUGUGCUUGUAAAAAGUAACAAACAGAAGCUGUUUGUACUCUCCUGUUAUGGGCAGUGGCAGCAGUAAACUUAGACGGACAGUACACAAGAAUAGCUGUAGGCCAUUUCUGAGAACUACAGAGGUACCAUCAGGUGACAAAGCUGGUGAAGAGAAAGCCCCAUGCAAAAACGAAGCUGAAAUUUGUGCUCAGUUUGGAGAAAGAAACGCUAAACAUGCUAAUCUGCCUACAGAAGCUAUUCAUGGAGAUUGUGGUGCACCAGUGGACAGAGAUGAUGAAGAACUACAGCUGCUGGAUGAGAUAUUGGCAGAGUCUGAAGACUGUUUGUCCUGGAAAGGUUCUGUGAGUAAAGCAAUUGCUUGUGCCAAAGUAGGCCCUGAACCACCUGUGACGCCUGUAGAUCAGGUGAAAAGCACAGAGACAAACAAAAUGGUUUAUAUAUGGUCGUCAUCUUCUGAAUGUGAGCCUACUGAUAACCUGCAGCACGUCAACAAAGAAAAUAUAAAUAAGUGGGUUUUAAAAACAAAAAGUACUGAAGAUGUUGAGAACAACAACCUACUAUCCCGAUUCCAUGACAAAGACGUUGUUGGUUCAGUGACGUAUAAUGAUUCAGAAGAAGCUCUAAUGGACAGCAUUGCGCAAGAGUUCUGCAAAUGAAAAGCUUUGGUUUAUGGGAAAGAUACCAGAAGAAUAACCAAAACAAUUAAAACAUCAAAUAAGACUUACUACAAAGUCUAAAUAACCACAACUAAUUAGUUUGGUAGUGGGGUAUUUACCUUUAUUCCUGCCCACUUCUGAGUGUUCCUAUGUAAUUACAUGCAUGGUGUGUGAGCUAUAGAAACAGCUGUUUGCUGAAGGUUCUAGUAGAUAGCUAGAAGGGCAAACAGUCUUCCUCUUAUGCUCCUAUAAACAGUAUAAAUAUCACCAAAAAUGGUAAAGAAGAAACACUGAAUAGCGCACUCACUCAUAUCUUCAUAUCUUCUAGGACAUACUUGAAAACGAGAGACAUCUCAAUGUAUCCUUCCUGGUAAAAUAUUUUAUAAAUAAAUAAAUAUCACGUUAUAAAAUCCAGAGGGGAAAUUAAAACAUGAUAUCUAAAAUUUUCCUUUCAUGAUUCAGACAAAGAAUAUAAUUUUAAAUAACUUUCCACUUGACUUCUAUUAUGUAAAUUCCUUCAUUCUCUUGGUAUCCUUUGUUAAAGGGACAUUCUGGUCAAAAUGUAAAUGCAUAUAGAUGAAUUACAUCUUUGAAUAGAAACAUAUUUGCAAUAUACAUGAAUUGGCAAAAAUGCUUUUUAGUAUAAAUUAUCACUGUUUUAGUGUUAACAUUUUCCUCUGCACGUGCAUGUGAAGCAUAGCUGGAUAUUCUCAGUGCACCAGCAUUUUACAUACUGCAGCUGCUCAGGGCACAAGUGGGGCUUGUAUCAUGUCAGAAAAGAACAAAUAGAGUCAUUAACAGAAGGUACAAGCACCGUUAGCUCACUGAGCAAAUGUUGUGCUUAAUAUGCUGGUUCACGGUGCAUACUUAAAUACGCUUUUGAAACAGUUAUGGGUUUUAUUAGAAGCAUUGUUGCUAAUACAUGUAUAUUAGAAAAAUGCUUCCAUUCAAAACUGAAAUGCACCCAUGUGGAUUCCAAUUUUGGCUGAAACAUCCCUUUAAAGAAACAGCAAUGCACAUGUGUGAGCCAAUAACAUGAGGCGUAUAUGUGCAGCUACCAAUCAGCAGCUCCUGAGCCUGCCUCGGUAUGCUUUUCAUCAAAGGAUACCAAGAGAAAAAAAACAAAUUAGAUAAUAGAAGUCAAUUGGAAAGUUGUUUAAAAUCACAUUCUUUCUUUAAAUCAUAAAAGAAAAAAAUAGGUUUCAUAUGCCUUCAAGUUUUAAUUUCCACUCUGGAUUUGUUCCAAUGAUAUUUAGAUAUACUGUAUGCCCAGUGCUUCUUUUCUUCUUUACCACUAAGCACCCCGCGGUCUCACCACCAAUAGAUUUUAGAUAGAACUGAGAUAACUGGUAAAUUGGGAGGAGGAGGUUUCAAAAAAAAUAUCCACAGACUAAUAGUAUCAUUUUUAUUGAGGCUAAGAAACAAAGUUUUACAUGCAAAUCAAACAAUAUCAGCUGGUAUACCAAUACAUCAACAUAUGCAUAUAAGGUAUGCUGAAAAUAUAGCUGCAGAAAUGCCAAUACAACAAAUGAUCAUUUAUAGUUCUAUUACUGCUAAAGAACUGUUUAUAAUAUAUAUGAAAAUCACAUAAAUAAGUCAACCUUAGUUUUUCAAACUUGUCAUAAAAUUAAAUCCCUUACAUUUUUAAAAUUGCAAGAAAAAGACAACCCCAACUGAAAAAUAAGGUCAAUCUUGGACCUUUAAACAUAUAUUUUAAUCAUAAUGGGCCAUAUUAUGAGGGGAGCGCAAACCUUUGUGCGCAAGCUAUGAUGGGUUUAUCACGGGUGUUUGCCCUCGUCGGGUUUACGGCUGGUAUUACGAGUUGAAAGAAAACGUGAUCGCUUGAGUGCAAUCGCGAUUUACGCUAGAAUGAUUACCGCAUCCUCAAAGCUCUGGUUAACUGUUUUGCAAAACAAAAAAGUUGCACAAAACACAUAAAAAAUACAUUACAAAGUACAGUUACACUAGCUAAUAAAAAUUAUUAAAAUAAAAUAUUGCACACAAAAGUUAUAAAGGCUCAAAGAUAUGAGAUCUCAGGUGUUAGAAAAAAAAAGGACAAAGGGCUUUAACUUAGACAUACAUACAUACAUAUAAAUCUCUAA